AUGGCCGCUCUCCUGAGUCUCCGGCCGGCGUCUCGCACACCUCCACCCCCCUGGACUGGGGGGGGGACCUCCCGGUCUGCAAGGGUGCCAACCAUAACAGACGCGCAAUAUCCACCGGACAGCGCCUCACUGGAGGGCCCGAAGAUGGCUGCCGCGCGCAAGCCAUGCACGCGAACGGCCAGUUUGACUGAGAGGUUCAAACCUGGGCAAAGAGCCAACAGGGACUUAGCUCCAAAGCAUCGACGGAUGCACCAAGAGGCCCCACAGCAACCGACGAAACACUCACCUCCCAGGCGGACUCCCACCCAGCAGCAGCAGCCCGGUGCUCUGGCAAUACGGAAGGCCCCAAAAUGGCGGAGAGUAAAUCGGCGUCCACCGCACCAGCAGCGGGCACCAUGUGAAUGGACGUUACCGAUUCUUAAGCCUGCCGACACCUGUGAAAGUGGAGGUGAUAUCGACCCUGGUGAGUGGCUUUGCCCUACUGCCCACUCUGAAGCAUAG